UCCGAGGCUACCGGAGUCUUGCAUUUAGUCCACGCCUGGCCUGACCAGGGGCGUACAGCUACAAAGCAUGGCAUUCACCCCUCUGCUGACAUGGUGCAUGGGUGCCGUGGCUCCCAGUAUGUUUAUCGUUACUUCAAGGAUACUGAAGAGUUGGCGCUAUGCUUGGCGGCUAUGUUUCGUGCAGCCUUCCCUGAAUUCUAUUUGAAGUACGAAAGGGCUUUCAAAGCCGGUAAAUGGACCGCGGUGGACCCAGGUCCCUUUUUGGGCAGGGCCAUUGUGUGGAAACUUAAUGUACUCCCACACCAGGACGGAUUGGAUGAGGGGCCGGCAGUCAUAUUCCCCAUGGGGUAUUUUUCUGGGGGGGAAUGCUACCUUCCCGACCUGAAGAUUAAAUUAACAUACCGGCCAGGAGAAGUCAUUAUUCUGAUGGCAGGCGCAUUGUACCAUGCAAUUGGAAAUUGGAGCCCCGGGGAGGGAGUCUCUGAAGAGGGAAUCACCCCAGGGCGGGUUGGUAAUGUCUGGUUUUUUCCCCACUCAUCUUACGAAGUGUUGAAAGAUAAACCCUCUGGUUGGGCCCUUGAUCAAGCAGGCGGC